CAUAUACAUAUCCUUCGGGCUGGUAAGUAUAGCCCGUAUUCUCACCGGUCACAGUCAGGGGAGGGGUUCUAUAGGCAUUUGUGCAAUAAUGCUAGCGCUCCAUUUGCCUUCAUUACUCAUAUGGCCUUGUUUGGCAUGUUGGUGUCGUUUGUCUAUAUCAGCCAUUGAUGCGGCGUUGAGCCGUCGAGCCGUCACACAAAGAUACCGGCAUCCAUGGACCCUUGGAACACCCAUGCUAGAACAAUACCAUCCUGGGCAUACACAGACAGUAAUUGAGACUGUUGAUCACAGUGAAACUUGGAAAUCUGGACCAGUGUGACACUGAGAGGAGACCAGCCUGUCUGCCUGAAC